GUCUAAACAAUCCCCCACACGAUUUGGAAACGAAAAGUUGUUUGAAUUAAAAUGCAAAUAUAUAUAUUGUUAAAUCAUAGAUAAUUAAGGUAAAACAUAAGGACAUGGCGGACAGAUCUCCAACACCAAAAAAGGUGCAUUCGGAUGCUGAAGACCUAGAGGGACUUUCUAAGAUGGAUCUUAUUGCCAGACUGAAAGAGCAAGAGCAGUAUAUCAAACAGCUGGAGUCAAAACGUAUGAAGCUUGAUAAAGUGGAAGAUGAUCCCGAGGUCAAUGAUCGCCUGAAGCAGCAACAGAAAGAUGCUGCUCGUCGUGAAAACACUCUCGUACACAGACUGACUACAAAGGAACAGGAAUUACAGGACUAUGUGAACCAGAUAGCUGAAUUGAAACAUGCACAGACGCAAGGAACAACACAGCUGAAAUCAAUGUUACUCGAUCCGGCAGUCAACAUCGUGUUCCAGAGAAUGGCUAAAGAGAUGGAAGAAGCACAAGAAAAACUUAAACAAACCCAAAACGAACUAAGUGCUUGGAAGUUCACACCCGACAGCCAAACUGGGAAACGGUUAAUGGCAAGAUGUCAGAUGUUACUACAAGAGAAUGAGGAAUUGGGUAAGACUAUUGCCUCUGGUAAAACAGCUAAACUCGAGGGAGAGAUUGCAUUGCAGAAAACACUUGUCACAGAAAUGAAGAACAACCAGUCGGAGCUGGACGAGUUCUUGGGUGAUUUGGAGGAAGAUGUGGAAGGAAUGCAAACCAUGAUCUAUGUACUACAACAACAGCUACGCGAGUCUAAGGAACAAAUCACUGCUCUCGAGGAGGAAAAUGCACGCCUCCGAUCAGGCGACAUGUCAGUCAGUAAGACGUUACCUAAAAAACCAGAUAAAAUAGAAGAAAGACCAGUGAAAAUAGAGAAUUCAAAUCAGAAUGCGUAUUCGAGUGAUACAGACUAUACUGCUAUGGAAACAAGGUAUUAUCAAGAGAAGACUGAUAGUGAUCUCGAAGCAGAGUAUAAUUAUGAAGGUAUGUAUGAAAAUGACGACAAAUACCAAGAAGAACUAGAACGUCAACAAAGUGUGGAAGCUGAGCAAUACGAAUACGAGGAAAAUGGCUAUAAAAACUACGAUGAAGACUAUGAUUCACAAGAUUAUAAAAGUUCCUACAUGGAAACAGAAACGGAGCAAGAAGCAAUGGAAACUGACGAUACUCAUCAAGAAAUAUCAAAAGAAAGGACUCGACCGUCAGACGGUGAUAAGUCAAAUAAUCAACACAAUCAGUCUGUGUCAAAUGAGACUACACAAGACGUCACAAAUUCAUCAGUCCAAAAUACAUCCCAUAGUAGAUCGCCAAAGUCCUCGGACUCUGCUAGGCAGCUAAAAGACGAUAAACCAGCAGAUUUCCAAGAAAAAUUAACAGUUACCGAACAAGACUUGAGAGACGUUGAAAAUGGCAGAAAAGAUGCUUUAAGGACAGAAUGUGGAAAAGGAAAUAGAACAGAUAGAGAAAGAACUCCUGAGAAAUCAAGAAUUCCGAGUCCAAGGCCAUCAAAAGUUAGUCCAAAUAAAAAAGCUGCUUCAAAAUCCAAGACUUCAGGGAGUGAAGGUAAUCAUAUGACUGAGACUACAAACGGUAGCCCACCUAAAGACCACAGUCCUAAUAGUAAAUAUUCAAAGCAGUUGACAGUCGAUGUUAAGGAACGGACAGACGUUUCACAUACACAAAGUAGGUCCCCGAAUGACAGAAGUCCUGGUUCUGCGGGAAGUUUAAAAGAACGGGAGCCAGUGUUACAGAAAUUUAUGAACGGGGUCACCUCGACUGUUGACGAUAUUGAAGAUUUAUAAUGUUGUCGUUUUUAUCAUGGUUAGCAAGUAAUUGAUUGUCAUCUAGAUGCUUAAUACAGUAUUUGUGGUUAGAAAUCAUAUAUAUUGUCAUGCAUACCCUAGGGAAAUGUUUCCUGUUUUGGUCAAGUUUCAUUGUCGGCAUCAGGUAGUUCAAGAGGCUAUUGAUAAGAAAGAUAAAAGGAAAAACUUGUCAAGUUAAAAGAGCAGAAGGUUAUAUUGAAUUCAGGAUAAAAAAAGUUAUUUUGAGCAAUUUUCCAACUUCAAAAAAGGCAAAGUAUAUAGUCAUUUAUUUUGGAAUUAGUAUCAUCUUUUCAUUAAUUGGAAAAGAGAAGACAUAGCAAUACCUUUUUGUUCCUUUUUUUUUUUUUUCGUUUUUAGGUAGGUGUGAAUAAUGUUUUCAUAAUUUUACUAAUUCAUAUUGUGUAAGGAUAAAUAGAAAUAUAAGAUAAAAAAAUACUCUAAAUGUAAUGCAGAAUAGUUGACAUUAUGAAAAUUGGACAUAGUAUUCACUAUUGGAGCAACUACAGGACUGGUCAACAUCCACAAAAGUAGUUCGCUCUCAAGCAGUUCACCAAGCUUGGUCACAGGUUUCUGGUCGUGAUAUCUUUGCAAAGAUCAAUAAGUAGCUGGUUCCUCCAAGGUUUUCAUGAUUGCAAAGUUGAUAGUGUCUGCUUUUUCACUUCAGUAGUUUCUCUCCUGUGUUCAUCAUACCUGGUCAUGAUGUUUAUGGACACAGUAUCUCGGAUUAGUUAUGUAACGAGCAAAAUAGUCCCAGUCACUUUUUGAGUUGUUGCCCUUGAAUUACUUAAAAUUACAAAAAUUGACUCCUACUUGAAAACUUAAGCAUCUGUUAUCCAAAGUUCCCCAAACUAAGAAUGUGUAUGGGCAUAUUAUCUUGGCCAAGUUAAAUAACUUAAGGCAUAGUCUUUGUAGCUCUAUAAUUAUGACCCUUGAAAAGUUCAAAUUGACAACCAGUCUGCUCAGUUAGUGAAGUACUUUAAAAAUCAAAAGUAAAUUACUGUGGCAGACGUACAUUGUAAUAGUUUGACACUUGUUUGUUUGAGAAACUUUGAAAAAUAAAUGUCUUAUUACCCGAUAGGUCUGUUUUAUUGCAUCUAGGUGUCAGUAUGUUUGAUUGUACACAUUGACCUUGUUAUUUCUUGUAAAGUGGUGAUCUCUUUAUCUUUAUAGGUAAGUAAAAUACUGGAUAAAUGCAGUUUGUUAGAAAUGUGCUGUUCUGUGUAUAUGUGUAGUUUGUAUUCAGAUAUCAUUGUGGGACUGAUAGUAGUGGAAUGUAGAAACAAAAUCAGUUUUAUAAUUUUGAUAUUGCCAAAUGAUUUUGGGGCUCACUUCUCUCAUGUAAAGGUAAAAUUGUUCUGGGUUAUCUUUGUGGAUUUUUUCUCUAUUGAUAGCUUUUGCAUUUUCUGCUUUGUAUUUGUAAAGAUUACUUCUCAUAUGACACCAGUACUGGUUUUUCCAGGAAGGGGACUCAGAAGUGGUUCAAAUAAGCUUUAAGCUUUCAUCACAACCAAGCUAAAAUAAAUUGGAAUAACUAAACUAAACAAUUAGAUCACUGAGUGUUGCUGAGAUCGUCUCUGUGCUUUUCAACUGUCAACACUAGCAUAUCUCCAGAAGACAUGAGACUGUUGGUUUAGUCUAGUUUUGAGAUCAUCAGACCUCCAGUCAUCAGUUCAUAUUUCUGCUGUGAGUUCAAAAACUCACGAUACCGAGUUUUUUCAUGCAAGUUUUUCAUUCAGCUGGAUGGUGGAAGGUUGGUUGUUCUAACCAGAUGCCCUAAAAUGUCAGAAAUAAUGCAUGAAAGGGGUCUUUCUUCACCACCAGGAGCUGGAAGGGCACCAUAUGACCAGUAAUUGUGAUGUUAAACCCAAAAAUUAAAUAUCAGAAGUCAGUUUUAUUUUUAAUGUUGGUCAGAUUGAUUUGUCUUUUUAAAAAAAAUCUGGUUACUUAAGUUAUUGUUUACCUUUUAUUGGUGUUUUAAAGGUUCAUGUAGAAGCAUGUUAAACAUAAGAAGAUAAAUAGAACUCUUGUUUAGUUCUCUUAUUAAACAUGAGGGAAAUUUGAUCAAUAUCUGUGUUUUCCCAUUAGACGUAGCAAGCAGUAUCUCGUGUAAGAAACCUGAAUUCUUUACUUUGUCAUGCCCUUAUAAACCUAUAUGUUCUUAUAUGCAAACUAAUUGUUAACACACAUUAUCAUGUUAUAAUUUUUAUGCACAUUUUAUAUAUACAGAUUUUCGUAGAAGGCAAUGUAUUUAAACCAAUUACAGUACAUGAAUGUGUUAUUACUGAAAAGCGAAAAAAAGUUAAAGCAUUUAUUAGGUUCAGUACUGUUUCAAUUUCAAGGCACUCACUUUUCAGAGACACUGUUAAAUAUAAUUAUUUUCCAAAAACAAAAAAAGGCAUAUUAUUCAGAUUAGCCCCUUGUUCAAUAUUGACUUGAAAUAUUACCUCCCUUAAAUAACUUUACAUUAUGGAAUCUUUCAAAGAACAGUGUUACAUAGUUGUGAAGUUUUGCAUAAAAGUUUUGUGAAUUAAAGCAUUGAGGGAGUGGGUUUUCUGAAAAUUUGUUUGUUACAGACUUUGUUCAAUUGCUGUUCUUUAGAAUACCUUGUAGGAACCUCCAUGACCUAGUGGUUAUGGUCCCUGACUUCAGAUUACUUGCCGCUCACUGCUGUAGGUUCGAAAUCAUGCUUGGGAUGUAAAACUCUUUCAUAUGAGGAUGUCAUCCAGCUGGCUUACAGGUCUGUGGUUCAACCUUGGGUGCUCACCAGAGUCUGAAAGAAUGGAGCGUCAUCUGGGGUCACCCUCUGCCAUGAAAAGCUGUAAUGUUGCCAUAUGACCUAUAUCUAUGUUGGUGUAAUGUCAGACCCAACAGAAACAUAUCUAAAUAUCUUCUACCUCCUAUCUACAGGUCGGUGCCAAAUUAAUGCUCACAAAAUAAUCUGUCCCAUAACCUUGCAUUGAUUGCCACCUUUAAAAAACCAGUCGUAUAUUGGACCAUUUUAUAUGUUUUUCUCAAAAUUAUAUGCUGUUCAUAUUUAAAACACAGUGCUUUAAUUAAGAUGUUACCAAAAUUGAAAAUUAUAUACCAUUUUAUUAAAGUUGAUGGUAUUUUGGAAAAUUCAAUAGAUAAACUUUUAUGUUGUGUACAAAUUUAUUUAAUUGAAAUCUAAAGAUACAAAUUGUAUAGCUUUCUGUAUGUAUGCAUUUUUUGAAUGCUGGUGAAAUAUAUAAACUGCAGUAGUACAGAAAAAGGCGAACAGUUUGUAUGUCUAUGGGGAAAAUUGUUUCAUUUUUAAAUUUAAUUUGGCACAUUAGAUGAAUAAAGUGUGCAGUAGAAAUGUUGUAAGAAGAUAUGUGUGUUAUGUAGGGAACAUGUGUAUUUGUUUACACAAGCAGAUACUACUUUUCCUUGUUUUUCUAACUGCUUUAAUUCAUAUCUUAACUGGGUGAAAUACAGGUUACUCUUUUUGUAAAGAAGUUUUGUGGGUUUUUUUGGGCUAGAAGUAGUAAAAAAUUGUUUUGAUGUGUUCAGAUACUUUGGUUUAUCCAUCUAAAGUUAUUUUUGCCAAGUAGGAAUAUUCAGAACUCAGUUCUUUUGCUAAAUAUUUGAAUUUUAGCUCACAAUCUUUGAAUAUUAAUGAAGUUCAGUGUGUUUGAAGUUUGUGACAUUUUUUCUUGCAGUUGAGAAGAAACUUCAUUUGUUAUUUUCAAUUAUUUUUAAAAUUAGGGCCAUCUGAUGGUGCAAAAAUAAGCCAUAUUGUUAUUGUUGAGCGUUUUAGAAUGUUUUCUGUAUAUAAUUUUGAUUUAGAUAGAUAUUUAUUUGUUUAAUAUGGUCGUACUGUUUAAAGUUGAAACUUGAUGAAAUUUGAUUUUGUAGACAAUCUAUGGCCUGUAUAAUUAUGAUAGGGUUUUGAUUGUAGACAAAAUCAAAUAGUAAACUUUUCACUAUAUCUAUGAAGAGUGGCACAGUAUUUUAGAUACAUGAGAUUACAUAAUUCCUAGGGUUUUAAAGUACCUGGAAUUCUACACUUUGAAGUCUUAUUUUUAAUCUCAAAAUGUUUGACUUUGUUCUCUUAAGUUGAACAGCAAAAAUACAAUAAGAGUUUUAUUUUUAUAGCAAAUAACAGCAUCUUUAACCUUUAGCCUGCUGGCGGCAAGUGAUUUUGCCUUUGCGACCAGUGCAGACCAAGAUCAGCCUGCACAUCCGUGCAGUCUGAUCAUGGUCUGCACUGUUCGCUAUUAAGUCAGUAGAUUUUCAGUGAACACCCCUUUGAAUAAUAAGUGGUGCUGCCCAAAUUGAAUGAUGGACCAGUCCAUUUUAGAAAUUUGAACAGGGUAAAGGUUAAGCCUUGUUCUUCAGCUUGUUCUUGUGCAGUAAAAUUUAAAAAGAUAUUUUUUUUUAGAGUUAGGUUCGAGUUUUUUUCCUCGCCUUGAAGUAUAAGCAUAAUAAAUUUUUUUAUUGAAAUAAUUAACCAUAUAGCAGCAUCAUUUCUUUUUUUGUGUAAAGACUUAAACUAGUAUAUUUUCUGUAGAACUGCUGUGCUAAAACACAUGAUUAAUUAGCCUAUGUUCAAUUAAUACAAAAAAUUGUAUAAAGUAAGAGAGAAUUGUAAAUGUAUGGUUGAACAAUGAUUUCAUUGUAAUUUGUUUUAGUGGUCGUAUCUGUUAUUGGCUAUUGACGGCAGAUGUGUCAUUUAAACAGUGCAUUACUUGCUAAUAAAUAAAUAAAAAAAUGAA